AUGGCUCCGGAACGGAAGGCAAAGGUUGCUGAGGAGAUUGACAGGAUGUUAGAAGCAAGAAUAAUAAGACCUGUCAAGUAUCCAGAAUGGAUCGUUGAGUUAGUAGACGCUACCUCGGGAUUUGAAAGAUUGGCAUUCAUGGACGGAUAUUCUGGUUAUAAUCAAAUUCCAUUGUAUGAGGAAGAUCAAGAACAUACGGCGUUCAUAACAGACAAAGGGAUAUAUUGUUACCUCGUUAUGCCAUUUGGUUUGAAGAACGCGGGAGCAACUUAUCAGCGUCUCGUGGAUGAAAUGUUCAAGGAUAUGAUCGGGAAAACCAUGGAAGUUUACAUCGACGAUAUGGUGGUCAAGUCCAAAAAGAAGGAAUCUCACCUUAUGGACUUGAAAAGAACCUUUGAUCGGCUCCGGCAAUAUGGGAUGAAGUUAAACCCAUCGAAGUGCUCUUUUGGACUCACAUCUGGGAAGUUCCUUGGGUAUAUGAUGACACAAAGAGGAAUUGAAGCCAAUCCAGAACAAAUUAGAGCAAUUUUGGAGAUGCCAUCGCCAAGAAACAAAAAGGAAAUACAAAGGCUUACAGGGAGAUUAGCAGCGUUGAAUAGAUUCAUUUCUCGGUUUUCAGACAAAUGUAAGUCCUUUUUCUUAGCCUUAAAGAAGGCCGAAAAAUUUGGUUGGAAUGAGGAGUGUGAGCAUGCAUUUAACGAAAUAAAACAGUAUUUAAUCUCACCGCCAGUCCUCACAAGUCCAAAGACUGGCCAGACGGUCUACAUCUAUUUGGCUGCAAGUGAUUAUGCUGUUAGUGCAGUAUUCAAGGCGUUUAAAGCCAUACUUCGAAGGACGCGACUUGUGGUUUAUACUGAGUACCCGUUAAAGAAAGUAUUAGGGAGAACUGAUGACUCCAGCAGGCUGGCCACAUGGGCUACUUAUCUCGGUGCUUACACCAUUGAUUAUGAGCCAAGAACAGCCGAGAAAGGGCAUGCAAUAGCAUCGCUGAUGGCGGACUUCCCAGUAGAUGACAUUCCAGUUUCAGAAUCCAUACUCGAGGAAGAAAUCUUGCAUGAUACGGAAAGUAUACUGCCUAUCCCGCUACCGUGGGAACGCAUAAACGUUUACAAGAAGUCUUCAAAAGCAACUGGGGUGCAAAUGGGUAAUAAGGACUCGAUGAUGACACCCAAAGGUGAUAGUGGAAUGUGGAAUAUCUACACAGACGGAUCUCAAAUACCGACGGGGCAGGCUGUCCGAUUGGGAUUUACAGCCUCAAACAACCAAGCUGAAUACGAGGCUGUAAUUUCAGGCUUAAAAACUGCUAUUCACUUGGGGGCGCGGAAGGUUAAGCUGAUAACGGAUUCAAGACUGGUAGCAAACCAUUACAGUGGCACAUAUAAAGCCAGAAAUGAAAGGUUAGCAUCUUACUUGGAAUACAUACAUGAAUUAGCAAAGGAAUUUGAGUUGUUCGAAAUCGAGCAAAAGCCAAGGCUAGAAAAUAGGCAUGCAGACGCUCUUGCUUACGUGUCGGCAGCCGUUGUGUCAGACACAACACGGUAUAUUGUAGUCGAAUUCCAAGAACUUCCCAGCACUCACAGCACCAUCGACGCUGCACGCAAAGUUUACGCCGGUGAGAAUAAUUCUUCCUCACUCGAAAUCCCUGAAGAUUCUAUGGAUACCGAUGAAGUAGAUAACAUCCAACCUAAAGAUUGGUCAACCAUACAUUCGUUUCCUGCAAACGCGAGAGCUUCCACAGGAUAA